GACCUCCAUGGUACAUGGCUAUAUCUUCAAUGACUCCUGCCUGUGGGUAGCCCGCUCUGCCUGAGAUGAUCGGGGUGGCUCCUGGGUUCUGCAGGCGGGGAGAUCAGGCUUUAUGCCAACCAGCUCAGUGAUGGGUCCAUAAGAACACACACCUGUCUGUGCCCACACUCUAAGCUUGGGGAAGUUCCAGGCCCUGCACCCCAACAGGCAAGGGGCUCCAUGUUCAGAGCAGAGAGUCAGCUGCUCAGAGGAGCCAGCAGACAUCAGGAACCCCGAUCCGCAUUGGAGGAAUGAGGUCUGCUUCUCCUGGACAGUGCUCCUCUUCAGGAAAAGCUACAGUUUCCUCCUCCUGACCUGAAGUCCUGGGUCUCCUGUGUCCCCAAGGGCUGACUCCCCUCUUUCCUCUCAGGAGUUUCUGACAGCUAACCUCAAAACCAGAGCAAUGAGCUCACCUCUGGCCUCUCUUAGCAAGACACGGAAGGUGCCCCUAGAGUCGGAGCCUGUGAAUCCUGGGAGGCGAGGGAUAAGGAUCUACGGAGAUGAAGAUGAGGUGGACAUGCUGAAUGAUGGACACGACUCAGAAGAAAAGAUUUCUGUCCCUUCCUGCUAUGGAGGCAUUGGUGCCCCCGUGAGUAGGCAAGUCCCUGUAUUCAAUGACUCAGAUAUGAUGACCUCCAUGGGCAGGAAGCUGCGGGAACUGGAGCAACAGUUGAAGGUCCAGAGUGAACAGCUGGACCAGAAGAUCCUGGCCCUGGAGGAUUUGGUGCAGACCCUCCAGCAGAACCAGGGCAGUGCAACCCUGCGAAGGCAGGAGGAACUCGAGACACAGUGCAUUCAGCUGCAACGGCUGGUUGGCGAGAUGGAGCGGUUCCUCAGUGACUAUGGCUUGCAGUGGGUGGGCGAGCCCAUGGACCAGGACUCAGAGGAAAAGAUAGUCUCUGAAAAUGAUGAGCGAGACUGGAUGAAGGCCAAGAAGUUCUGGAAGCCAGGGGAUUCUUUAGUACCUCCCGAGGUGGACUUUGACAGACUGAUGGCCAGUCUGCAGGACCUGAGUGAGCUGGUGGUAGAGGGAGAGGCCCAGGUGACGCCAGUGCCCGGUGGGGCGCAGCUCCGAACCCUAGAGCCCAUCCCACUAAAGCUCUACCGGAAUGGCAUUAUGAUGUUUGAUGGGCCCUUCCAUCCCUUCUACGAUCCCUCCACACAGCGCUGCCUCCGGGACAUACUGGAUGGCUUCUUUCCCUCAGAGCUCCAGCGGCUGUAUCCUGAUGGAGUCCCCUUUAAGGUAAGCGACCUGCGCAAUCAGGUCUUCCCAGAGGAUGGGCUGGGCUCGUUCCCAGGUGAGGGUCGCGUGGUGGGCCGGCAGAAAAGGCGCAAGGACAGGGUGGAGGAUACUUCAGGCUCCAGGAUGACUGCUGAGAAAUUCCUGAAUAGGCUUCCCAAGUGUGUGAUCCGACAGGGAGAGGUGAUUGACAUCCGGGGCCCCAUCAGGGACGCCUUGCAGGUGAGGCCUGCCCUAAUUCCCCCAGCUUUCUCCAGGGGACUUUUUUUUUACCAACCUUGGCUCAGCCUACAGUGUCUUUCCUGGAGGCUCAGGCCUAUAGGCCCGAGCAAAGGCCAGGAUGGCAAGCACACCCUCAGAACUGUAUGGUGUCUCCGUGGAGCUGGUGAGGACUCUGUGCUCUACUCCACAGGACAGCUGGGGUGGGGGUGGGGGAUGAGCCCAAGGUCCCGGGCAUGUCCUUGAGCUUGGCCUAGGAGCUCCUUCUCAAUUGUCCCGCAGGCCUUUCAGAUGCCACGAGUUCAUUAUCUUCUGUCAUCACCCCGCUCUUCUACCCAGGUCUCCACCCGAGAAAGGGGUGCCAAGGCUGUCUCCGACUCAUCUCCUUUGUCCAAGUUGUCUUGUCCAGUCUGGCCACCCCUCAAGUUCCUGGCUGCAGCCCAUCUCCCUAGUCUAGGCUGCAGGGUGUCUCACACCCUUUCUUGUGCUGACCUUCCCACCUCCCUCCUGCUCCUGCUAGUCAUGGCCCUCUGCAGCCUUGGUUACUGGGACUGCCUGGGGAUUCUUGGAGAAAGCCAAGGCCCUUAUGCUGACCCUGAGCAUCUGUUUUGUACCAGUGCCCUCCCCAUUUCUAGCCUUCCCUCCCUUCUCUCCUGUCUCACUUGUUUCCUUGCUUCAAGAGCUGUAAACUGCUGCCAGGCUCCUGACCACAUCCCUCUUUCAGGUUCUUGUUGGUCAGGAUCUUUGUGCCGUAGGGACUGUGAGGGCUACACUGAGGAAAAAAAGAAACUGUGUUGAAAAGCAAAAAGAAAGAAAAAAAGAAUAGAAAGGCCAGGGAGAUUGUACUUACUUUGCCUUCUGUAAUUAUACCUAGGUGGUAUCAGGCUAAAAUGAGUUUCUGAGUAAGUAAAAGAAGGAUGAAGGCACCAAACAGCAUCAUAAAGUCUGAAAAUGGAGGAAAAAAAGAAAAGUCACCUCAGUGUGAUAGAGAGGGCUCAGCGCAAGAAUAUCAGGAAAAAACACAGCACCAGGUCAUCUUUCAAGGUUCAAGAUUACAACUUUGACUUUAUGGUAGGGUUGUGAUCAAACUUAAGAACCUAUGCAAGUUAGGCAAGUACUCCAAUCAUGAUGAUACUCUCAGCAAUAGUUAGACUUUUAUUUUAAAAAAUUGAAAUUAUUUACUUUAAUUUUGUUUAUGAGAGUUUUGCCAUCUGAGCCCCUGAAACAGGUCGUGGGUCACCAGGUGGUGCUGAGACUCUAACCCGGGUCUCUACAAGAGCAACAAGUGCUCUCAAUCACCGAGUCAACUCUCCCAACCCUAGGAAAACUAUUUUUUAAAGAUUAGUAUGCCUAAAUAUUAAGAACAUGGAAACAAAGUACAAAUCCAACUCCUUUUCUGUUUGUCCAAUCGUCCUUCUGCCACAGAAACUGUCAAAUUCUCUACUUCCUACUCCCAGACCUACGGGUAGUGAGAUCAGAACAGUUAACACCCAGUUUCUGAGACUUCAGAAUGUUCAGGAAGUUCUGGGUAUUUCAACUCUACCUUCCUGGUGCUUCCCGCAAUACACAUCCAAGAAGAAACAAGGUAGAUUGAAGUUUGGAUAAAGGAAAUUUUGAACAUCGACCUCGAACACCUGCAAGUUAUCAGGAAGUUGUGUAAAAAUGCAGAAAUAGCUCCUGAAUCAUUUCCUCUCCACCUCAACUGCCACUGACCCACACCCUGACUAUCCCGCAAACACCCAGACACCACCUUAAACCCUUAUGUGGCUGUGAUGUAGAAGACAUUAGGAUACUAUAUGGGUUCACAGAUAUGUUAUGAGAGCUCCCCAGAAAAUAUUAGCCAACAGAAAAAAGUAUAACUGCCAUUUUCAAUGUGCAUGAGUGUUGGGAUCUCUGGUAUCUUUAUGGGACUCAAAUGGAAGGAAAAAUAUGAAUCAGAGGCUGUGGUGGCAGUGAGAAGAACUUCCUGAUGCUUCUUUUGGGAAACCACAGGCCAAGAAAUUUAAAAGGCAAUCACAACCCACUCUGGAAACCAAGUGUGCUUCAGCUCAAGGACAGCAAGGCAGGUCCUGUGUUUACCAAACAUCAGGAGUCUGUACAUUGGUGGGGAACAUUCAGUGGUGCCUCCUGUCUCAGGGACAGUGGCCCCAUCCACCUCUGGAGACACCUCAGCACACCAGAAAGGUCAAUUUCAGUUCACAGAGACAGAGCUGUUCAAAGAGUCACAAACAUUAACAGAGCUCAAUCUUCUCAUCAGAGCUAGGCAGCACCUGGGACAAAAACAACUUUCAGACAGCGCACGCCUUGCCCCUGCCUACUUACAGUUAAGCACAGCAUGUGAACUGGAGAACUAAGAUGAACACAAACAUUCGCUCCAGCAGAUCCCCAGAUCCAGCCAUUUACAGAGGAGGGACUGGUGUGGUGGCAAAGGAAAUCGGUAGCUCAUCUGACAUGGAAGCAGGCAUCCCUUUCCUUCUGGAUCACACCCAGAAAAUAAACUCCAUAAGAUAGUGUCCUCAUCCAAGGGGGGAACAGAACUCCUUUGUCCUCCAAACUGCUACUGGACAAGGCUGCAGGGAAAAGAUGCCUCAUUCCUCCUGCGCUUCUGCACUGCCUGACCAGGGACCACGGGAACACAGCCUGUGGCUACCCCGGCAGCCUCUCUGCUUUACAUCUCUGGCUGCAAUGUCACUGUUCCCUGUCUACUACCUUCUGCAGUGUCUAUGCUGAGAAGCAGCUAAGCUUCAUAUGCAACUCCACACCAGUGCAGAGGAGCCCAGCGAAACCCACUGAAAGGCGUGUCCCUGGAACCCAGCACUGAACACCAAGCCCUGUAUGAGAUGGUUUCUGUCCCUCCCCCACAUUUGUUCCUAUCCAGGUGAUAAGGACAAGCAGAGGAAUGAGACAGCCCACAAAGCACAGAGGGGAGGAAAGAGCAGAAGAGGGAAGGGUGAAAUGGAAGUAAGAAUGAGAGAUGAAAUCUGGAAGGGCCUGCAGGGUCCUCCCACUAAGUGCCUGAACCCCUUCAAGAGCCCAGUCAUUUAAAGCACUGACUCUCUUUUUGACUUCACAGAGGAAUGAAACCCAAGAAGCCCAGAUCCCACUGCCUUCUCCAGCCCAGUCAGCCAGCUCAGUGGGUCUCAAACAUCAGUGUUUGAGGAGCCCUGCCUUCAGCUGGUGCAAGGCAACACCCACAGAUCUCAAUUUUUACAAACGUGAGCCCCAUUCUUGGAGAAGUCCUUCCUAUCAUUAGUAGGACUCUCUCUCUCUCUCUCUCUCUCUCUCUCUCUCUCUCUCUCUCUCGCACACAAUUACACACUUGUUGUACCCAUAUUGCUCCCCACCUCUCCUAUCUUAAAACAAAGCAAUUAAAUGUAGAACGGCAAACUAUGUACAACUAUUGAGAGACAGCCUGACAUCAGGCUCUGACUAGAGCACACCAACUGUGAGGCCUCGGCAAAUGAUUGUCUUAGUCCCCUUCUCUGUACACUGAGGCUCAUCAAAUGUCCUUUUGCCACUGAGAAGACCACAUGAGAACAUGGAGUGUAGCACAGUGUCCAGUAGGCAUGUGCUGUGCACAGAUCUGUUGACUGAUGCAGUAUGUGAACUAUGAAGCUCAUUGCACAGGAGGGCAAAUGAACAGAGUGAUGAGGGCAAGGAACCUUUGCAGAGCUCAGCAUCAUCCUUCUAAGGGACUUCCCUUUGUCCUCCUAGCCACACCCCACCUGGAUCUGACUCAUGGACACUGCGGUCUCAACAGAGCUAUCAAAUUUACACUGGACUUUAUGAUUUAUAAAUAACAUUAAAAUUUUUAUAGUAUGUAUUUUCAUUUUCUCCUCUUCCUUGUUACUUUUUUUCUAGGACAUCUGGUUUGUUUGGUUUUUUUUUUUCAACCCUCCUCUCAUUCUCUCCCUGCUUCUCCCUGGUAAUUUAUGUGUGAUGUCGGGCUAAGAAUAUCUGGUAACAUUCCUAAAACAAAUCACUCUAAAUCACUAAAGAAAUGGUUGGGAGAGGCACACAGUCACGUGUCUUAUGUCUGGGGACAAGCCUGCAAUUCCCAUAAAACCAGAGACCCUCUGCGCUCACCCUCUUCUCCCUCAGCCUCCUAGAGCAUGGGUCUCUCCUGGCUGCCUGGGAGCUCUGUGGCUAGAGAGCCCAUGGGUUCCCCAUCCAAUAUAAGCCAAACUCGGUUCACAUCUCAUUCCCAGCCAUCUGAACCCUUGUCCUUGUCUGAUCCACCCCUGAGAGUAAAGCAGACAGCUCAGAGCCACCAUUAGCCCUUUCCCUGUGACCGUCUCUUCUUUCCUUCUUAGUCACAAAGACCUGCCAAUUCCCAAAUGGCCCUCACCGUCCCCUCUGCUUCAUGGCUUCUGGUCCUCCUGGCUGGGAGCUAUCUCUCAGGUGGACUGUCUGUAGAACACAGCUACCAUAAUGUCCUGAGAAACAGAUAAAGAGUUCACUUCCCACUUAAAGCCCCUGAUGAUUCCCCACUCAUAAGAGUCCAAACUCCUCCAAAGCAUCAGAACUGGGAGUUGGGAUUUCCACAAUUUGGCAGGAACCCACCUAAGAGGUCCAGAAUAAGACCUGUCCAAAAGUAUCAUUCCAUCCUCCUACAAGGCAGCCCAGUGGCUGCACAUGACUGAGGGUGGAGACUCAGGCUCAGGAGGAUACACACAUCUCACUGAAGAAAAGCAAACAUCACUGACAGUCACGCAGUCAUGUUCUGAGUCUAGAGUUCAUCUUCAGUCUCAUCUUAAAGAAGUCACAGCUAAGGCCUGGAGAGGCAAAUCUACUCAAUUCAAGGUCAGAACUCAGUAGGCCAGGUCCUGACCCCCAGCUCUUGUUUCAUCUGCCAACAGCCUGAAUGACUCUCCUCUGCAAAAGGUCAGGGUCCCCACAGCUUUCCCUUUGACUGGACACUUCACCCCACCCCCACACCUGCAGAGAGAGCUAGCCCAGAGGAACAGAACAGGAAGAAGUGAGCUUGGGCACUGCUUCAGGACCAGAUACAAGGCCUUUUGA